AUGUUUGGUAUCCAUAGCAUACUAAAUGGUGAGGAUGAUAAUAAAAAUAAUGAUAGCCCAGUAAGGUACGAGAAUAAUAAUAAUACCGAAGAUUCUACAACUAUACCAAAUUCAACAGAUACCGCCUUGAGUCCUAAAAAAUCAUCAGAAGUUAUACUAUCAACCUCAACCACUCCAACCAUCUUAUAUUCCUCGUCAAAUGAUUCUCGGUCCAAUUCAAGUGCCUCAUCUUCUCAUACUUCAACCUCAUUACCUCUUAAGCCCGCGUCUUUACCAACCACUUCGAGUUCAAGUUUAGAUUCAGUUUCUAUAUCUGUUCCCAUCCCAAUUUCAAAUAUACCCAUUAAAAAUUCAUCUACAACUACAACUACUACUAGUCCAACUCAUAAUCAUAAUCAUAAUCAUAAUCAUGGAAAUAAUCAUUCAUUAAAUCAUUUACCGAGAUCAAAAAUUAAUAAACGAUAUUUAAAAGAUAAAAAAUUUGUAAAAUUAGCCAUACGAAGAAAAUCAAUUUCAAAAAAAUUGGGCGGUAAUAGUAAUUCAUUAAUGGAACUGUCAAUCAAUAAUGAUCUUUAUCAAGGUUCAAAUAAACGUUUAACUUCAUCUUCAAAUCCAAAUUUAUUGGGAUCACCUCCAUUGUCUGAUCCUUCAACUAUCGCAUCAAAUAUAAAUAGUCCAAUUACAAGUCAUUCAAAAUUACAUAUAAAAUCUUUAGAAGCAGGAUUAAGAGUUAAAUUAACUAUAGCGGAUAAUUUAAUCUCAUUAUAUCAUUCAUUAAUCCCAUUCACUAGUAAAAAGGAAAUUCAAUCAAUAUUUGAAAAUUCAAAAAUUUCCUCGGUAUCUCCUGCUUCAUCAUCAACUUCUUCAUCCACACCAUCAACCACCAGUUCAUCACCAAUGUUUGCCAAUAAUCCAAAAUUUGCCAGAAAGACGUUACUUUCCAAAUCAGUUCAAUUGAUUGAUAAUAAUUUAGUUAACCUUUCUGAAUAUUCCAAUAAAAUCCUUCAACAAUUCAAUUUAUAUAAUUCUAACAAUGGUAACAAAGAUUCUUCAUCUGUUCCUGUUCCAACCCCAGCUUCAUCCAUUCCAACCUUUAAUAACUUAAACACUGCCGUCAGUUCAUUAUUCAAUAUCAAAGAUUAUUCAUUAAUCAGAGUAUCAAGAUCAACUACCGAUGAUAAUGAUGGAUCAAUCAUAUUAAAGUUAGAAACUUGUAAACCAGGAGAUUUGAAAUUAAUUGAUGAUUCAGAAUAUUUAGAUGAAAUGCUUUAUAGUUUAGGAAAACUUGGAGAAUCACCAUCGAAUUUAUUUAUUAAAAAGAUCAUUGCAAGACCAAGAUACAAGAGUGAUAUGAAAAUAUAUCUUAUCCCUAAUUCUACUAAUGAUUAUUCAUUAUAUACAGAUGAAAGAAUGUUUGAAAGAGAUUUAUAUAAUGGAAUUAUUGAUAUUGAAUUUGAUGAUGAAAGUAGUGAAGUUAAAGCUUUAAAAUCAAGUAAUCGUGAUAUUCUUGUUACAUUUCCAUUUCAAAAUAUCUUGACUGAAUAUAAACGUUUAGUGGAUUUAUCAAGAAGAGAAGCUGAUGAAGAUUCAAUUGAAGAAGAACCUGAAGAUUUUGAACAACAAGAACAAAAACAACAAAAGGAACUUGAACAAAAGCAAUCAUUAAAAGUUGAUACUAAACUUGAACAAUCAUCAAGUAAAAUAGCCACUCAUCAAAUUGCUACUCCAAUUCCAUCUCAUAUAAUGCCAACUGCUCCUCCUAAUUCGGCUUAUACCACAUUAGCACCAAAUAAUCAUCAUCAACAUCAACAUAUUCAACAACAACAUCCUCAAGAUCAAUAUCAAAUUCAAAAUCGUGGUAUCACUUUACCUCCUAUAGGUCAACAUUUGCUUUCAAGUAAUAUUUCUUCACCUACUACUCCAGUUAUGGUUCAACCUCAACAACAAUCACCAGUACCUCCUCAAGUUUAUGCUUCUCGUGCUGCCCCUCAAGUUCAAAUAGCUUCACAUCCAUUUUCGCAACAACCUCUUCCACCACCAAUGCAACAUCAACAACAACAGCAGGCAAUGAUAUAUCAACCUCAACCUCAACCUCAACCUCAAAUUCAACAACAUCAACAAUUUGCACCCCAUCCACUUGGUCAUCCACAUCAACAACAGCAAUUCCAACCCCAUCCACAUCAUCAUCAUCAACAACAACAACAACAACAACAACAACAACCAUAUCCUCCUUAUCCAUACUACCAGCAACAGCAACAACCAUCCCCAACUCGCGCCCCUCAGCCAUAUGCACAAAACCCACAUCCUCAUUAUCAACAACAAUAG